UUUCACCAAAUCCAAUGUUUACAUGUGGCUAAAAUUGACUAGCAGCUGAAUUCAAUUUAAACUUGUUGUUUUAUUAAUUUAAAUCAAAUUGAAAUUCAAACAUGCCAACCAUAAAUAUUAAACGGGAUCACUUACACAAUGAACUUGGUAAGGUGUACAGCCAAGAAGAGUUUGAAGAUCUAUGUUUUGAAUAUGGCCUCGAAUUGGAUGAAGUGACUUCUGAAAGGGAACAAAUAGUAAAAGAAAAAGGAGACAAAAAAACUACUGAAGGUUCAACUGAUGUUAUUUACAAGAUUGAUAUACCGGCUAAUAGGUAUGACUUGCUGUGCACAACUGGUUUGGUUAGAGCAUUGAUGAUAUUUCAAGGGAAAGUUGACAUACCUAAAUUUAUUGCCGUGGAUCCUGUUGAUUAUUCAACAAACAAGAUUUUGGUCACUCAAAAUACUCAAUCUGUCCGACCAUAUGUUGUUUGUGCAAUUUUACGGAACAUAACAUUUAACCAAGACCUUUAUGAUAGCUUCAUCGAUUUGCAAGAUAAGUUACACCAAAAUCUAUGUAGAAAGCGAACCUUGGUAGCAAUUGGAACUCAUGAUUUGGAUACUAUUAAAGGACCAUUUCUGUAUGAUGCAAGAACCCCUAACGAUAUAAAAUUUGUUCCACUCAAUGAAACUAAAGAGUUUACAGCUGCUGAGCUGAUGGAACAUUACUCCGGUAAUAGCCAUCUUAAACCAUAUCUUUCAAUCAUUCGGGAUGAACCAAAAUAUCCAGUAAUUUACGACGCCAAUGGAACCCUACUUUCAUUGCCUCCAAUAAUUAAUGGUGACCACAGUAAAAUCAAAUUGACAACCAAAAAUAUAUUCAUCGAAUGUACCGCAACGGAUGAAAACAAAGCUUCAAUCGUAUUGGACACCAUUAUUUGUAUGUUCAGUGAACACUGCUCACCAAAAUUUCAAGCUGAAAAAAUACAAACUAUUUAUGAAGCUUCUAAUGAGACCAAAACCUAUCCAAAAUUAAACACUCGGUCCGAAAAACUACCCUAUGACCGUGCUAGUCGAAUGUUAGGAGCCAAGCUAUCAAAGGAAGAGAUUUGCAAAUUAUUGGACAGAAUGCAACUUAAAUGUUCAUCUGAUGAUGAUGGUUCCCUAAUCAACAUUGAAAUACCACCUACUCGUCAAGACAUCCUUCAUGCUUGUGAUAUCAUUGAAGAUGUUGCUAUCUCUUAUGGAUAUAACAAUAUUGUCAAGACGCUACCAAAAGUAGUUACUAUUGGGUCUCAGUUUUCACUCAACAAAUUAUCUAACCAACUUAGAUAUGAAUUAUCAAGAUGUGGAUACACCGAAGCUUUGACAUUCUCUUUGUGCUCAAAGGAUGAUAUCGCUAACAAAAUGAGACUUGAAAAUGAAAUUUCCAGAGCUGUGCACAUUGCAAAUCCCAAAACUAUUGAAUUUCAGGUUGCUAGGACAUCUUUAAUUCCAGGAUUACUGAAAACCGUUGAAUCAAAUAAGAAAAUGCCUUUACCUCUCAAGCUUUUUGAAAUUUCCGAUGUUGUCCUGAAAGAUUCAACUAAAGAUGUUGGCUCACGAAAUCAACGAAUGUUGGCAGCUCUUCAUUAUAACAAAUUUCCAGGAUUUGAGGUUAUACAUGGAUUGCUUGAUCGAAUCAUGCAAGUAAUGGAAGUAAAAUAUAAUUCUGAAGGUACAAAUAAAGGAUAUUUCAUUGAAUCAACAAAUGAUGAACGAUUUUUACCUGGUCGAUGUGCCUCCAUCAUCUACAAUGGUAACUCAAUUGGAAUCAUGGGUGUAUUACAUCCUCAAGUUAUUACAAAUUUCGAAUUAGUUCAACCAUGCGCAGCAUUGGAAAUUAAUGUGGAAACCUUUUUGAAAAGAUGAAAAUAGUCGCCAAAAUCCAAUCAAUUCAACUUCAUUUCUCGAAGUCAACUUGCACAAGAACUGUACUUUUGUUUUUAUUUUCUGUGGGAAAAGGAAUAAGGAUGGAAAGAAGAAGAAGAAGACGAAUCUUGUCCAAAUUAAGUGGAUUGUUAUUUAUUGAACGUUUCCAGCAACAAUAACAAUAAGCAUUAAAAUUGUGAAGUUAAAAACAAGAUAAACAACAAUAAAGUUUAUCUCUAGAUCACCAAAAAAAUCCAUGUCCAGCUCUCCAUUAAAUGGACACAAAAUGGAAAGACAUAAACCAUUAUUAUAAAUUUAAACAUUUAUUUAUAUCUCUGUAUAAGGUUUCUUGUAUGCCUUAUAUAAGAUUGGUUCAUAACUUUUCAAAUCAUUAAUAAACUUGAAGAGAGAUUGAGAGAAGAGAAAAGAAGAGUAAGAAAAGAAAAACUUAAUUCAAGGCCCAUUAAAGUUUCCAGUUUAAUCUUGUCACAUUCGAUGAUGAACAGUUGAUAUUAUUGCUUUAAAUUAGUUUUGUUCAUCAAUAUAAAUGACAAUAUCUUCAACACAGAGACAAGAGGAAAAGCUAAACGUAUAAGCGAUUUCAUUAAAUCCAAAAAGCAAUCACAUAAAGCAACCUUAAAAAUGGAUGUAACUUUAUCGUGAAAAAAAGUGAUCAUUUUGUCAUCUAAAAUAAUAAGCUAAAAAUAAUACCUUUUAAUGGAUCUCAUAAGCAAAACAUAAUGAAUAGAAGCAAGAAUUUGAUAAUAUAUUUUGGCACAAAUUUUCAAACAAAUUUUCCAAUAAAUUUAAGCAACCAUUAAA